AUGAUCCCCCCGGAGCCGGCGCCGCAGCCGCUGCAGCCGCCGCUGCCAGCCCUGCCGAACCAUGUGGUGACCACCAUCGAGAACCUGCCGGCGGAGGGCAGCGGCGGCAGCCUGUCCGCCUCCUCCCGGGCCGGCGUGCGCCAGCGGAUCCGCAAAGUGCUGAACAGGGAGAUGUUAAUCUCUGUGGCUCUCGGCCAGGUGUUAUCCCUCCUUAUUUGUGGAAUUGGCUUGACCAGCAAGUACUUGUCAGAAGAUUUCCAUGCCAACACACCAGUCUUCCAGAGUUUCCUCAAUUACAUUCUCCUCUUCUUGGUCUAUACCACCACACUGGCUGUCAGACAAGGAGAAGAAAACCUCCUGGCAAUUUUACGACGAAGAUGGUGGAAGUAUAUGAUGCUGGGACUCAUAGACCUGGAGGCAAAUUACCUGGUGGUCAAGGCCUACCAGUACACGACUCUGACCAGUAUCCAGCUCCUGGACUGUUUUGUGAUCCCGGUGGUGAUUUUACUCUCCUGGUUCUUCCUGCUGAUCCGGUACAAGGCUGUACAUUUCAUCGGCAUCGUGGUCUGCAUCCUGGGGAUGGGCUGCAUGGUGGGAGCGGACGUGCUUGUGGGAAGGCAUCAGGGAGCAGGGGAAAAUAAGCUGGUAGGGGACCUUCUGGUCUUAGCAGGAGCCACACUCUAUGGUAUCUCUAACGUCUGGGAAGAGUACAUCAUCCGCACCCUGAGCCGAGUGGAAUUCCUGGGCAUGAUCGGACUCUUCGGGGCAUUUUUCAGUGGAAUUCAAUUAGCUAUAAUGGAGCACAAGGAGCUGUUAAAGGUGCCCUGGGACUGGCAAAUAGGCCUGCUCUACGUCGGCUUCAGUGCCUGCAUGUUUGGCCUCUACAGCUUCAUGCCGAUCGUCAUAAAGAAAACCAGCGCCACUUCGGUCAACCUCUCCCUGCUCACAGCAGAUUUGUACAGCCUGUUCUGUGGGCUGUUUCUCUUCCACUACAAGUUUUCAGGACUUUAUCUCCUGUCCUUCUUCACCAUCCUCAUCGGGCUGGUGCUCUACUCCUCCACCUCCACGUACAUAGCCCAGGACCCCCGGGUGUACAAGCAGUUCCGCAACCCUUCGGGACCUGUCGUGGACUUACCAGCCACAGCUCAGGUGGAGCCUUCGGUCACCUACACCAGCCUGGGCCAGGAGACCGAAGAGGAGCCCCACGUCCGUGUGGCCUAGGCUGAGGCCCUCCCCCGCCCACUGAGCACAACUCAGUGGCCACGUGUUCGCCCAUCAUCUCUGUAUUGUACAUAGAGAAAGGUAUUUAUUAGGUGCAGUUUACACGGGUGGACUGCAAGGUAGCAAAUCCAAAAGCCUGUCAAAGGCACAAGCUAGUAAGCAUCACUGGAGACAGGCUCUGACCCACCUGACUUGGAGAGAUGCCCCGCUUGUGUGUAUCCUGAUCACAACGCCCCUGCAUUAAUUACUGUGAACAUUUUUGGAUCAAAAGCAACUGUUAUUAUUAUCACGUGGAUUAUUAUUGUUGCUCUUAUGACGCCUAGUUUCAGGAGGAUGUUUUGUACUCUUGAAGGAAACUAUUGCCAGACCACCCACAUGUAGUUUACAUAAAUCCCACUUUUCUAUAGCAAGUCACUUUUUAAGAAUCAUACUUCAUUUUGUGUGCACAGUCUAUGAGUGCUGCCGGCCACAGGAGCCCCACCCUGAGAAGUGUCCCUAUCCUGGGGACCUGGUGGCUCACGGCUUCCCCUGUUACCUUUGGAUUGUCUGCUCAAUAAGUAUUUCUUGCUGUGACCCUUGUGGGGAGGGGCAACUGACCAUAUGCUUCUCUAUUCUAGGAAUAGAUAUCGCCUUUUUAUAUUUUGAUCUCUGAUUAUUCCCGGCCAUUGUCUUUCUGUUGUGCCACCUUAGAUAAUGCCAAUCAAGUCUCUGAAGUAACGGGAUAAGGAAUGUUCCAUUUCUGUGGCUUAUGGGAAUCCCUGGGAGUAAUAUAAUGUAUGUUUAGGGGAAUAUAUAUUUUUUUUUAAAUCCUGCUGCCUCUUCCUAUAUCCUCUCUUCAAAAAAUAGAUUUGCUUUUCUUUUUUCCCCCUAGAUUAUCUUUAGUGAUGUGGAAAUUAAUCAAGGUGUUGGCAAAAGCCAUGGUCCUCUGUCCUUUUAAUUGUGUGACACCCUUCUGAAAUACACAAGCCUGCAGCUACCUUUAUUGUGGCCUCCAGACAAA